GUCCAGACUUUCUACUUCACCCUUUCAGGAAACCAAAGAGAAUCCGAACAGCAUUCUCUCCUUCCCAACUUUUGAAGUUAGAACAUGCUUUUGAAAAGAACCAUUACGUCGUAGGAACUGAGAGAAAACAACUAGCCCAAAUUCUCAGUCUCACGGAAACUCAGGUGAAAGUGUGGUUCCAAAACAGAAGAACGAAGUUCAAACGACAGAAGCAAGAGGAACAACAAACAAACAAACAUCAGGAAGAAUCACCUUCCAAUAAUAACACUGAUGACGUCAUUGUUACAGAAACAAAUUCCCGAGAUUCCACGGACUUGGAUUUACAAAGCUCCUUUGCCCACGAUCCUCCUUCCACUACGGCGCCUUCUUGAUGAUUUUACUUUCGCAUGAAUAAUCCAAAACAUCACCCCUGGGGGCGAAAAAACAAAACAAAAUCUUUUCAUAAAUGCGCUGUGAAUUCGGUACUUUAUUUUAAAAGUUAGUUUUUCGGGCGUUUACAGUUGUGAACUAAGCUACAACGAACUACGAUCAGUAUAUAGGUUUUCUAAAGGGCUUGCCAAUAACUAGCCACUACGAACCUCGGAAUGGUUGAUCAGUUUUUGUUCUGCACUCAUUUAAUAGGCGUGAGUAGAUGUGAGUAGGCGAAGAAAACACGAACAGUUGUAAAAUCGGUGCACUUACAUGUGUUUUUUACUAGAUUAUCAUGUGAGUUUUAUGGGAAAAACUUGUGUGAAUUGUACAGUACAUUCAGAUAAUUAACAUAAUAUGUAUUGUAAUAUUCAAAAUUCUGAAGAGACGUCAUCGUUUACAAUAAGAUAAUUCCGUAUCGUUUAAUAGUUCAGCCUCUCAUAAACUUGAUCUUCUGUUGGCUGAGUAUUAAAAACUAGAACAACGUGUAUUUCUAGGGUAGACACGGCUGUGGUUUUCUGUCAUAUAAAUCCAAACUGUUCAUGUAAAAUAUAAUAACGGUUUUUAUUACUUUAAUUAACUAAAAUUCUUCAAACUAACAUGAUCAGUUGAUUUUAAUUCAAUAUAGCAACUCAUAUUCAACUAGCUGUUGUACCUGUUCGACACACAGGAAAGAUAUAAGGGUCCCCAGCAGGUGAUUUAGGGGUGUCAGGUUCGAACGCUGACCCCCUAUGUCACUCUUAGGGAGCCCUAUUGUACAUGAAAGGUUUGGGGACAACCAGUCUAGUUAUAAACGGAUGGAUACAUAUACACAAACUUUUCUCAAAUAUUGGUUUAGUUACAAGAAUAACUGCACAGCAACAAAAGUUUAAAACAAUUAAGGAAAAGGGAAAAUGUGGCUCGUAUUAUUAAAACCUCAGAACAUCUUGAUGUAAUGAUACUUGAUCGUAUUAUUAACAUCUGAAGACUGAAGAUCUUGUGUAAUGAUGUUUAUCGUAUUGUUAAAACCUGAAGACUGAACACAUUGCUGUAAUGAUAUUAAUCGUAUUGUUAAAACCUGAAGACUGAACACAUUGAUGUAAUGAUAUUAAUUGUAUUGUUAAAACCUGAAGGCUGAACAUAUUGAUGUAAUGAUAUUAAUUAUAUUGUUAAAACCUAAAAACUGAACAUAUUGAUGUAAUGAUAAUAAACGUAUUGUUAAAACCUGAAGACUGAACAUAUUGAUGUAAUGAUAAUAAACGUAUUGUUAGAACCUGAAGACAGAACAUAUUGAUGUAAUGAUAAUAAGCGUAUUGUUAAAACCUAAAAACUGAACAUAUUGAUGUAAUGAUAAUAAACGUAUUGUUAAAACCUGAAGACUGAACAUAUUAAUCGUAUUGUUAAAACCUGAAGGCUGAAUAUAUUGAUGUAAUGAUAUUAAUUGUAUUGUUAAAACCUAAAAACUGAACAUAUUGAUGUAAUGAUAUCAAUCGUAUUGUUAAA